GCACCGUCGCCAGCGACAAGACUUGCAGAAAAGCAAAUCAGCGACACAUCCUUUCUUUCCUUCUGCUUCUUUUUUUUUGUUCACUUCUCUUCUUCUCUUAUCUACCCGUACGCUCAGAUUGUUCCCUCUGUUUCCCGCCGAUGCAACACGCCCCUCCGCCAUCAUCAUCGUCGUCAAUCGCUUUCUCUUCUUUCCACACGAUCCGAAACAGCAACUUCGUUUUUUCCGUUCAAGAUGGUGCUGGAAUUACUUGCCGCCAACACCGCUUACGUUCCCGUUGACCUUCUCGUUCUCAAUGUAGCCAUGGCUUCCUUCAAUGGCCUUCUUGCUUUCGUCGCCUUCUCACAGCUCAUCAGAAUUCACAUGCGGAGUCAACAGGACGGAUGGACACGUCAAAAAGUACUCCAUCUGAUGAUAUGCUCAUCUAACUUGGGCUAUAUGUUCUAUUUCAUAUUUGCACUUGUUGCUAUUUUUGACCACUGCCACUGCUGGUCUCAUGUGUUUGGAUUUGUCCUCAUGGCCUUCCCUAAAAUACUGUUUCUUGCAGCCUUUCUCCUACUUCUUUCUUUCUGGGUUGACCUUGGCCAUCAAGCAAACGACGACGACGACGAGGAUGAAGAUGAAGAAAAUAACACUCGACAGGCCUUGUUGGAAAAUUCGAAAAACAAACCUGGUUCAUCAAGUGUAGAUGGCUAUCGAAGAUGUUGUGGAUUUCCUGCAAUUCAUCUUGGAAGUAGGCAAAAAUUUGUCAUUGUGGUUGUCAUGCUGGUAUUUUUCCUCAUGGUCGCAGUUUCCAUUCUGAUCUGGAUUGGGGAAGGAAAGAAUCCUAUUGAUUCUACAGCUGUUGCCAAGGUGUAUGAAUACUUCAUUGCUGUUACAGUUCUUCUAUCAGGAGGAGCCCUAGGCUUCUAUGGUUUCAUGUUAUUUUACAGACUGAAAAAAGUACGUUCUGAGGAAGCUUCUUCAGAGAUGAAGAAGGUUGGUGGUCUAGCAGUUGUAUGUGUUGUGUGUUUUACAUCAAGUGCUUUGGUAGAUCUUCUUACAGAUAUUCCUCUUUCCUAUAAUUGGCGCUUCAAGAGAACAAAUGGAGUAAAAGCACUAGUCCUUUUGACUUUAUACUUCUGCAUGGGUUCUUUGAUUCCAUCGGCCUUUUUAGUGUGGACUAUGAGAGAGUUGCCACCUCCUAAAAAAAUUCAAAGACAAGAAGAAUCAAGGGCAAUUGCUUUUAUAAGCCAUGGGGCAGCAGAUGUAAAUCCUCAGGGUUGGACUGCUGUAACUCGUUCAAAGAAUCAGGUGUCCAGAGCAAGUCCCAUAUAAUGAAAGACUCAAGGACACGCCACCGAUUAAGGCUGCUCAUGUUUACAUGAAAUAAAUCAUGACCAGAGAUACAAAAUCUAACAUACGGGAAGAUGAAUGUUGAGAGUUUGACGAUGCUUUGACACCUGCUCUGUAUAUUUCAACAAAAGUUGAUGACUGACAUCACAUGUGAGAGGUAAUCAAACCUGCAGCCGCGCAUACAUGGAGGUUCUAUAUGCUUUCCAUUCUCCUUUUCUUUUCCCCGCCUCUCUGCACAUAGUAGCCAAGGAUUGGUCGUUCUCUUUGAGGGGAAAAUUGUUGUACAAUUUUUGCUUCCCUAGAAGCUUCAAGUUUUGCAGAGUAUGUUGUAAAAUUACCCAUAUUAUGUAUCACCCUAGUUCUGAUGGGAACAUACAUUACGUUGGUUGAGUUUGAUAAGCCUAGCCUACCAUACAGAAACUAACUAUCAAUUUCUGUGUUUCAAUGCAAAAUCUCUCCUUGAAAAUUUUUUAUAUGC